GAGGGACCUUUCCAAGUCCUACUCGCCACACCCACCGCUGUCAAGAUUGCAGAAAGACCCAGCUGGAUACAUCUCAGCCACUGUAAGCUGCAGAGAGUGCUUGGCUCCUAGGCCUCGGUCAGGGCGAAGUCUGGCUACAAAGGGGGUGCCAAUUAUAGUUUGGCAUCAGUCUCAAACCGGUGAAGAACUAAGAACCCUGACCAUUUAGCUCCCUAGGGGUUCAGGUGGCUCUGUGGAACUGAACGGAAAAUGGCACUCAGAGGAGUGCUUGUCUGUGCUGUGGCUGUAGCAUGCUUGCCAAUGACAUGGAGUGUCCAGGGUCCCCAAGGGGAAAGUGGAACUUCCGCUCGUAUCAAGAGAAUGACGACCGAACUGUUGACAAAGUAUAUAAAGAUAAACCCAGAUAUACCCCAUGCAGACAACAUGUGGUACCAGUAUGUAUCCAUGUUGGCCGAAACAUACAAUCAAACUAAAUGUUAUGUAUGUUCCAUAAUGCCACGAUCAAGUCAACAACCUGUCCUACAUGCCCGACCCAUGCCAGAGAAAAAUGGAUGGUGUUUCGCAAUACUAAGGGCUUUUGGGUUUAAUCCCCUCAAAGGACUCAGACGGUCGGAAAGUAAUGAGGCACAACUAGCCGCCCAUCCCUGUUACAACAUCUCAAGGCCAUUCACAGUAGUGUCAAGAAGUUCUGUCGUCACACCCGCACCAGUGACUCUCGAAGUGAGUGAAACCAUCUCACAUCCCCUGUGCUUCCGACGAAGACGUGUUGAUGGAAUAAAGGUGGGAGAAACAAAACGCUGCAUCACCACCUCACUUCUAGGACCUACCGACGAGACCUCGUUGAAUAUCACAGAAGCAAUCAAACAAGUCCUAGCAGGAGGCGAAAGUCCCCACUCUAUCAUCGAAGGGGGAUGGUGGCUCUGUGGUCGCCGAGGCUACGCAGUCCUUCCAGGACGAUGGGAUGGCACAUGUGCCCCCGUAUAUGUGUCAGAUCACACUGUGUUCCUCAGUCUGACACAUCUUCAGGAACAUCAUCAGCGAAAGACACGUGCAGCUGUUGCUCCCACCUUCCGUCCCUACGACAGUGUCUGGGGCUCAGACGUACCAGAUGAAUACAAGCUUUGGAGCACAGGACAAAAGGUGGCACUCACACUCUUCCCACAGGCGGGUGUGGCUAAGACUAUUCUCCGAAUAGAAACUAUGGACUACAGGUUGAAGACCUUUGCCAAUUUUACUCUAGAGGCCCUUACAGGUUACCAGACUGCAAGCCCUGAGGCUAAUGGCACUACAGUCCCGAAUGGUUUUGGACCUCCUGACUGCCGAAAAAGGAGGUGUGUGUGAAAUAGUUGGUACCUCCUGUUGUACCUACAUCCCAGGAGAAAAUGACACCCACAUCGAGUAUGCUCUACAAGGACUUCGGAACCUCCGUAGGGCUAUGUCCCAGGACGAAACUCCAGCCAAGGAUGUCCAUCCCUUUUGGUGGCUGUUUUAUGGCAAUUGGAAGCAACUUCUCUUGAAAGUUGGAAUUGUUUU